UGGUCCUGGCUCCCCUACAGCUAUGCCAGCUUCCACGGACGCCGCGGAAGGAAGCCGAUUGGGGUCAAUUCAAGACAUGCAGGCGUUAAGGAACACGAGUUUUUGGCUCUUGAGGUCGUGGGUUUGUCCACGGACUACUGGGGUCGUGUCCCGGGUACCGGCCCCGAUGAUCCACACCGGCGCCCAGCAGCUGCAAGACGCGGCGGCGAAGCAGGAAGUUGAAGAAAAGGCGGCUGCUCCAGACCGCAGUAACUUCAGCAUUUACCCUCCAGUUCCAGGACAGGAGAGCUCUCUGAGAUGGGCAGGAAAGAAAUUUGAGGAGAUCCCAAUCGCACACAUUAAAGCAUCCUACAACAACACACAGAUCCAGGUGGUCUCUGCCACUAACCAGCCACUUGCCCAUGCGUCCUGUGGCACAGAGGGCUUUCGGAAUGCCAAGAAGGGCACAGGCAUUGCAGCACAAACAACUGGCAUAGCUGCAGCGGCAAAAGCUACAGCAAAGGGUGUGACCCACAUCCGAGUUGUGGUGAAAGGUCUGGGGCCAGGGCGCUUGUCUGCCAUCAAAGGACUGACCUUAGGGGGCCUGGAAGUGAUCUCAAUCACAGACAACACGCCCAUCCCACACAACGGCUGCCGCCCCAGGAAGGCUCGGAGGCUGUGAUAGCAAAGAAGCCUGUACUUAAACUCCACCUCAAGCCUCUCCUCCAAUUGGACCCCUCAGAAAUCACACUGUGUGAGCUGUCUCCCAGAAGAGAGCUUGUUGGAGAUCAUCUCAGGCAGCAAGGACAGAGCUUUGCCUCCAUAUGUGGGAGCCUUUGCUUGCCCUUUGACUCAAGAUCGUUGUGUUCCAGGAAUGAGGCCGGGCCGCUCUUGGACAGGAGGUGGGGGGUGGGGCUGCAGAGGCCACUGUGACCUGGACUCCCAACAAGUAAAUGCUGCCUCUGCUCCAAAAAAAAAAUAAAAGAAUAUCUGUAUUUU